AUGACCUUCCUCACCGCCCUCUCCCCGCACCCCUUCGACCCCACCCACCGCUUCACCACCUCCUACGCGCUCCCGCCGCUGCUCCUCGCCUGCACGCGCCUCACCAUCUCCGUCUACAUCUUCACCUACCUCCUCUACCGCAUCGCCUACUCCGCCAUCUCCGACGGCAGCCUCUCCACCCGCCAGAGCUUCUCGUACUUCACAAACAUCACCUACUGGAGCCUCGGCUUCUACUUCGGCGUGUCGGGCCUGCACACGCUGCUGUAUGCGCUGCGCGGGCGCCGUGCGGCCUGGCUGAAGGGCGGGUGGGCGGUCGCCCAUGCCGUGUGGUGGACUAGUGUCGUCACGUUCCCGUUCUUGGUGACAAUCGUGUACUGGGGCAUCCUUGCCGCCGACGACUCUCCCUUCCGAACGCAGGUCAGCGCAUACAGCAACAUCAGCGCGCACCUGCUCAACAGCGUGUUUGCGCUGUUCGAGAUCCUCUUGACGCGGGCGGCUGUGCCGUCGUGGACGCAUCUGCCGUUCUUGAUCCUGUUUCUCGCCGGGUAUCUUUGUGUGGCGUAUAUCACGCAUGCGACUCAAGGAUUCUACACUUACGGCUUUUUGGACCCGAAGACGGGGAAUGGGAUGGUGGCGGCGUAUUGUGUGGGCAUUGCGGUCGCGAUAUGUGUGGUGUGGGCGGUGGUGGCGGGGAUCGUGUGGGUGAGGGUGUGGCUGACGGAGAGAGUGAUGGGCCUGGAGGGGAAGUUUUCGAGUGUGCGGGUGGAGGGGGGCGUGGAGAAGGGGGAGGUUCGUUGA